AUGGCUUUCUCUGAGGUUGACGUUAAGUGCAUCAACACUAUCCGUACGCUGGCCGUGGAUAUCACCACCAAGUCCAAGUCCGGACACCCUGGUGCCCCCAUGGGUAUGGCUCCUGUCUCUCACGUCCUCUUCAACAAGUUCAUGAAGUUCAACCCCAAGAACCCCAGAUGGAUGAACCGUGACCGUUUCAUUCUCUCCAACGGACACGCAUGUGUGUUGCAGUACACCCUCCUUCACUUGUUCGGUUACCCUAUGUCCAUGAAGGACCUCCAGGAGUUCCGUCAGCUCGGCUCUGCUACCCCUGGUCACCCCGAGUCCCACGAGACCGCUGGUAUUGAGGUCACCACUGGUCCCCUCGGUCAGGGUGUUGGCAACGCUGUCGGUCUCGCCAUGGCCCAGGCUCACUUGGGUGCCACCUUCAACAAGCCCGGAUACAACGUCAUUGACAACUACACCUACUGUUUCUUCGGUGACGGUUGUAUGAUGGAGGGUGUUGCCUCUGAGGCCAUGUCUCUUGCCGGUCACUUGCAGCUUGGUAACCUCAUCUGCGUUUACGACGACAACCACAUCUCCAUCGACGGUGACAUCAACUGUGCCUUCACUGAGGACGUUAUGAUGCGCCUCGAGGCUUACGGAUGGCACACCGUUGUCGUCGGUGACGGUGACAACGACUUGAACUCCAUUGAGCAGGCUCUUGCUGAGUGUAAGAAGGUCACCGACAAGCCUUCCUGCAUUAAGCUGCGCACCACCAUCGGUUACGGAUCCAAGCUCGAGGGCACUCACGGUGUCCACGGUAACCCCUUGAAGGGCGACGAUGCCGAGCAGGUCAAGGCGAAGUUCGGCUUCAACCCCAAGGAGAACUUCCACGUUCCCCAGGAGGUCUACGACUACUACCACAACACCGCUGCUCAGGGUGCUAAGGCUGAGGAGGAGUGGAACGCUAUGUUCGCCAAGUACGCUCAGGAGUAUCCCGACCUCGCCAAGGAGUUCACCCGUCGUGCUGAGCAGAAGCUCCCUGAGGGCUGGGAGAAGUCCCUCCCUACCUACACCACCUCUGACCCCGCUAUCGCUUCCCGUAAGCUUUCCGAGAACGUCCUCACUGCCCUUUCCGACGUUCUCCCCGAGUUGGUCGGUGGUUCCGCCGAUUUGACCGGUUCCAACUUGACCCGUUGGGGUAAGGCUAUCGACUUCCAGCCCCCUGCCACUGGUCUCGGUGAGUACUCUGGUCGUUACAUCCGCUACGGUGUCCGUGAGCACGCCAUGGCUGCCAUCAUGAACGGUUUGUCUGCCUACUCCGGUAUCAUCCCCUACGGUGGUACCUUCUUGAACUUCGUUUCUUACGCUGCCGGUGCCAUCCGUCUCUCCGCCCUUUCCCAGCUCCGUGCCAUCCACGUCGCUACCCACGACUCCAUUGGUCUCGGUGAGGACGGUCCUACCCACCAGCCUGUUGAGACUGCUGCCCACUUCCGUGCCCUCCCUAACUGCAUGUUCUGGCGCCCUGCUGACGGUAACGAGACCUCCGCUGCCUACUACUGCGCCUUGACUGCCAAGGAGACCCCCUCCAUCAUCGCUCUCUCCCGUCAGAAUCUUCCUCAGUUGGAGGGCUCCGUCAUCCAGAAGGGUGUCCGUGGUGGUUACACUUUGAUCGACCCCGAGGACGGCAAGGCCGAUGUCAUCAUCGUCUCUACCGGUUCCGAAGUCUGCAUCUGUGUUGACGCCGUCAAGGUUCUCAAGGAGCAGGGUCUUAAGGCCCGUAUCGUCUCUCUUCCCUGCUGGGAGGUCUUUGACCAGCAGGAUCAGGAGUACCAGCUCUCUGUCUUCCCCGACGGUGCCCCUAUCUUGUCCGUCGAGGCCUACUCUACCCUCGGAUGGCAGAAGUACUCUCACGAGCAGCACGGUAUCAACGGCUUCGGUGCCUCUGGUCCUUACCUCGAUGUCUACAAGAAGUUCGAGCUCACUCCUGAGGAUGUUGCUGAGAAGGCCAAGGCUACUGUUGAGUUCUGGAAGGGCGUUUCCCCCAUCCGCUCUCCCCUCCGCAGGGCUUUCGAGCAGAAGAACGUCCACACCUUGGUCGGUGUUCACCACUAA